AUGCCGAUUUUGGUUCACCAAAUCAAUCCCGUUGACGGUCGAUUUCUAAUCGCAGUGAUCGAUCGGAAUCGAGUUGCGCUCGAGCAACACAUUCCUCUUACGACUCCAGAUGAAGAGCAUACUAACAUCUACGACUGGAAAACUAUUGGUGAGCAGUUUUAUUUCAAUAUGCGUAGCAAUACAGACCUCCCUCUUAUCAGGCAUCUCGAGCCGGGCCAAUGGAAGCCACCUGGAUAUAAAAGAACUAUGGUGGCGAUCAUGGUGACGAUAUGUGCCUACAAUGCACGUACACUUGAGUUCGAGUCGUCGGUAGAGGACUUGCUCAUGCAAGCAAGAAGGAUAAAGUACAUCAUCGGCCUGGCCGAGACGAGACGGCGCUACUCAUUCAACGUCGUCUAUGAUACCGGAGAAGAGCCGUUCCUCGGAACAUGCGACAGUGACUCGGCGGCGUCGGCGUUCUCAUCAACACGAGUUUGUCCAUGA